AUGAAGACCAACGCGAAGACAUACCUAUUGAGUAUCCUGUACCUUACCCACCAAGUGGCUGCAGCAUACCCAACUGCACCGGGCAACAGCACUUCUUUCAAAAUUGAUUGGAAGAGCUGUGGUGAUGAUGUGCCGUCUGGUGCCGAUUGCGGACAAAUAGAGGUCCCGCUCGACUGGUCUCAACCACAAGGGCAACAGAUUACCUUGGGGAUUAUGAGGAUCAAAGCAACAAACGCGUCCACCAGACUCGGGAGCCUGAUAUAUAAUCCCGGUGGUCCGGGUGGAGCGGCUACAGCAUUCUGCGGAUAUCAACUUCAAGGAAAGCCCAUAUUUGGCGAGGCCCUUACGUCUCAUUUCGACAUUAUAUGCCCAGACCCACGAGGCAUUGGCACCAGCAGUCCUAUAUCAUGCGAUCCCGACCUAUGGAACCAACGACAGACACUCUUCCCUGAGGAUAGCGCCUCAUUCCAGCAGAUGAUCGAACAUAACCGGGCUUUUGGCCAAAGCUGCCUAGACCGGAGCGGCGACAUCGUCAAACACGUCGACACUAUCAGCGUAGCGCGAGACAUGGAAGCAAUCCGCAUCGCUCUAAAUGACGGAAAACUCAAUUGGCUCGGUAUAUCCUACGGAACGAUGAUCGGGGCGCAAUAUGCAGAGCUCUUCCCCGAGAACAUCCGCGUCAUGGCUUUAGACGGCAACGUCGACCACUCCGCCCCUGAGAUAUAUACGACGAUGGGCGAAGCCUUGACUUAUGAGGAUGAACUAAACCGAUUCUUCAAUUGGUGCACUAAGAAUGAGACCUGUGCGCUCCACGGACAAGAUGUGGCGCGCUUGUACGAUGAAUUAGUGCAACAAGCCGACUCAACCCCCAUCCCGGCACCAGGUUGCGAGCCCAGAGUGUGCUUCCCGAACGUCACAGACGAAGACAUCCGUUUCAACAUCCAGGGGAAAGGCCUACUAACCUACAAAAAAGACAUUCCGAUCGCCCUAGGGUGGGGCCGACUCGGCGCACGCCUCAACGAAGCCAUAAACGGCAACGCGACUUUCCUCUCCUCCUCCAUGGCCGAGAGUGAGAACUCGGCAAUAUGGCAGGGUCUGGCUGUGGGGUGUCUCGACUGGAACCACGACACUGCUACUUUUGAGGAUUACAUGUAUCGACGGUACCUCGCGAAUGCGACGACACCGCGGACGUUAGGUGCGAGCCAGUCGUAUAUGUACAACGUGCAAUGUCUAGGCUGGCCAGCUCCAAUGCGAAAUCCUCAGCGCGCGUUGAAUCAGAGCUCUAUGCGAUUAGCGCCGCCGAUUCUUAUGGUUAAUUCGGAACAUGAUCCGGAGAGUUCGUAUUUAUGGGCGCAGGGACUGCGGUCGCAGAUACCUAGUGCAGUGUUUCUUACGAGGCGUGGUGACGGGCAUAGUAGUUAUAAUAAUGUGGGAGAGGCUACGAGGUUGAUUGAGGCGUAUUUGAUAAAUGGGACACUUCCGGAGCAAAAUGUUAUGGUAGAGUCGUAA